CAAAUAAAUCAAAGCUUCCCAAUGUUGCAAAUCAUUGACCUCUCUUCUAAUAGUUUUAUGGGUAGUUUGCCAUCAAAUAUGUUUGAGAAUUGGAAGGCAAUGAUAGAUGAGGACAAAUCUCCAUCUUUUCUUCAUAGAACCCUACCUGGACCAAGGGAAAUGGUAUACCAUCAAGACACGGUGAUAGUAAUGAUCAAAGGAGUAGACAGGGAACUCACCAAGAUCCCAUCCAUCUUCACAACAAUUGAUCUCUCAAACAACUAUUUUCAGGGGGAUAUUCCAAAAUCUAUAGGGAUUCUCAAGUCGUUACAUCUACUCAAUAUGUCGUGUAAUGGUUUCACGGGACAAAUUCCAACAUCACUUGAGAAUUUAGCGGUGCUGGAGUCAUUGGAUCUCUCACACAAUAAUAUCUCAGGGGAGAUUCCUUGGCAGCUGACAAAGCUAACAUUCCUCUCGGUAUUAAACCUUUCACAGAACCACCUUGUGGGAAGCAUACCACAAAUUAAACAGUUUUUUACAUUCACAAAUGAAUCAUUCCAAGAAAAUCUAGGAUUAUGCGGACCUCCACUAUCAAAAAAAUGCAAAGAUGCCGAGGGUGCACCAUCAUCCACUCCGUCAGCAUUGCAAUCUGAAAGGAAAUGCAAUUGGGAACUAAUGUGGAUAGGAUUUGGAGUUGGAUAUGGAGUAGGUGUGGGGAUGCUUUUUUGGACUCUAGCACUUUGGAGGAAGGGAAGGAGAGAAUUCUAUAUAUUUGUUGAUAGAAUGCUUUCCUUGAUUUUUCCUUCCAUGGUGUUUUCUAAAUAGCAACGAUGGUGAGAGGAUUGGAGAUAGGGUAAGUAUGUUUGGAUAGUUUGUGGCUAAAAGAAAAAAGUUGUAGUUGUUUUCUCCUUUUUAUAAUUUUGUGUAUUUUGCUUAGUCUUUAUGAUAUGCGUGGCAGUUGUUUGAUGCAUUUGCACCUGCUUGAAUAGUUGUAUAAAACAUUUUCAAAUCAAUAAAAUUACA